UGACGGCAGAGGCGCUGUGCUGUGAUUGGCUGGUCGGGCUCGUGAUUGGCAGAGCGGAGCGGUAGAUUCGGAGCUCCUCAUCCCCGGCGCUGUCCACAUGAGAGCGGGUUCUGGAACGCACCGCGCGGGAGCUCACACAGCGCACGCACGCACUCACUCACUCACACACCGCGAGCGCUUCCAAACGGACGGAUUUUCAAUAAUAAUAAUAAUAAUAAUAAUAAUAAUAAUAAUAAUAAAUUAGAAUUCCUUCACGCAGUGAAAACAAAACUACAGCCACAACAAGCAUCCUGAGGAGAGUCUUUAAUUCUAUUUAAACCUAUUCUCACGCGACCGCAAAACUUCAUUUUUUUUUUUUGUGUGUGUGUGUGUGUGUUUCUGUGCGGGACGCCGGAGCGCACGCGGAUUCGUGCCAUGGCGCGUUACAGAGCGCGCGCUUUAUAUAUGUAGAGAUGCGCCGUUUAGGUCCUCACGUGCAGACGCUCGCGCUGUCGGAGUUACAGAGAGCGGCUUCUUCUACAACUAAAUCUAAUGGGACGCUUGGAGUUCAAGAAACCAGCACAGGACUAACGGGAGGAAGAAGUGCACCGUUUUUUUUGAAGGUGUAAAAAACAAACAAACAAAAAAAAAAACAAGCGGAUAACGGGAUUUUACAGCGUGGGAACAAUUUCCUCAGUCGAGCUUCAUCAUGGCUGCAUUUGAUUUUUCUUGACCCGUGCGUGUAUGCUUCCUGUUGGGAUUGUUUCCUCCAGAAGGGUUUAUGGCACAAACCACAGACCUUCCAUGUGCAUCUGAACAGAAAUCAUUCUUCAUCAUAGGCUAUAUGCGGUUAUAUAUUUUUUCAAGAAUUUUUCUUUUUUUAAAGAACAAAUAACCACUUCUUCCUUCUUCCUCGAGGAACUCGUUGGCCUUCUUCAAGUUUUUUUUUUGUUUUUGUUUUUUUUUGUUGCUGUUGAAUUAAUUUUAUUUUAUUCUUUUUAAUUGAAAGUGUUGGAGAACCGACUGAAUGGACUGAACGUUUAAAUAAAUAAUAAUAAAAAAAAAACCAAACAAACAAAAAAAGAAAUAACAAUCUGUGCAUCACGUCGUUCAAGUCGUUUAACCCGCCUGGAAGUGGCCGUGACCUCUGACCUAUGGAAAUUCACUGCAAGCACGACCCGUUCGCCGCGAUGCAUAGGCACGGAGGGGUGAACCAGCUUGGGGGGGUGUUUGUGAACGGGCGGCCGCUGCCCGACGUGGUGAGGCAGAGAAUCGUAGAGCUGGCUCACCAAGGCGUACGGCCAUGCGACAUUUCCCGCCAGCUGCGCGUCAGCCACGGCUGCGUCAGCAAGAUCCUGGGCAGGUACUACGAGACGGGCAGCAUCAGGCCAGGCGUGAUCGGAGGAUCCAAACCAAAGGUUGCUACACCCAAAGUCGUCGACAAAAUCGCUGAUUACAAACGCCAAAACCCCACCAUGUUUGCCUGGGAGAUACGAGACCGACUACUGGCCGAGAGAGUGUGUGACAACGACAGCGUGCCCAGCGUCAGCUCAAUCAACAGGAUCAUUCGCACUAAAGUCCAGCAGCAGCCUGGCCAAUCAGGAAGCGUCUCUGCGCAUAAUUUAGUGUCCACCGUGGCGGUGACCCAGGUCUCCGCGGUAACCAGCGACGCCGCAGGCUCCUCGUACUCCAUCAGUGGAAUUCUGGGAAUCAGCUCGGCGGCUGACGCUAGCAAGAGAAAGAGAGAUGAAAAUCUUCAGGACUCUUCGUUGGCGAACGGCCACGCCCACUCAGGCCGGGACUUCCUGCGCAAGCAGAUGCGGGGGGAGCUCUUCACGCCACAGCAGCUCGAGGUAUUGGACUGCGUGUUCGAUCCUGAUAUUUACUCCAACCAUGACACCAUCAAGCCCGCCCAGACGGCUGAUUACUCGGCGAUGGCGUCUCUGGCCGGCGGACUAGAAGAGAUGAAGAGCAGCCUGGCCAAUCAGACGGCGGCGGAUUUGGGCCCGAGCGUAGCAGGACCUCAGAGUUACCAGCUAGUGUCGGGUCGUGAUCUAGGCAGCACCACGCUUCCAGGUUACCCUCCUCACGUUCCCCCGGCCGGCCAGGGCAGCUACUCAGCCCCGUCGCUCACAGGAAUGGUGCCCGGGGGCGAGUUCUCGGGCAGUCCGUACUCCCACCCGCAGUACUCCACGUACAACGAGUCGUGGAGGUUCGCCAACCCGAGCCUGCUGGUGUUCCAACAGGAGUACGGUUCUCUUCUAGGCUCAGAAAGAGCAGCUUCUUCAGGCCUUUUUCCCAGCCAGACCACACAACCUGCAGGAUCUCCGUAUUACUACGGCGCAGCCACACGGGGUUCAGGACCUGCGGCCACGGCGACAGCCAGCGCCUACGACCGCCACUGAGGGGAGAGGAAAAGAGAGGGAAUGAGCGACGGAAAGAGAAAGCGCGUGCGAGAGAGAGAGAGAGAGAGAGAGAGAGAGAGAGAGAGAGAGAGAGAGAAAGAGACGACAUCCUUUUUUCACAUCAGUCGCAUUGAAGCUUGCGUCCUUUUAUUCAGUACUUUUGCUUGUGUAGCCAUGCUGGGCCAAACACACACACACACACACACACACACACACAUUACUCACCACUAGCACCGGGAUCUCCACUAGAAAUUUAGAGAUUUAAACCCAUUACACUAGCUAGCACCUAUUCCGACGGUUCCUGACUAACGAAACGACGAGGACGAGCGACGACGUGACAUCGCCGUGACGAAAAGAAUCGAAGUCAUCGCUUAAAAAAAAAAAAACGUACGUCAACGUCGCAUUGUACUGCGAACUGCACAGACGUGAGCUCUACAAGGCGGGUGGUGGAAGCGCCUCCUCUCUUUCUCCGUGUAGAUAAAUGCUCUUUACUCGUGUACAAAAUGCCCUGUACGUUUGUCAGAUUUAAAGCUAUUUAUGAUGGAGACAGAGUAAUAUAUAUUAAAAAACAAAACAAAAAAACAAACAAUGUAUGUGUAAAAGUUUACCGUGGACACGAGUUCCAAUUCUAGCAGGAGACCUUUUUUUUGUUGUUUUUUUGUUUGCUUUUUUUAAACGAAAUAUCUCAGCGUUUUGUUUUCGUGUUGUUGUUUUUUUCGUGGGGGGCGGGGUUUAAAUUCCAGAUAAGCUCGACGGACCGCUCACCGGUAAAGACGCGAGCAUGGGCAUUUUCACGGAGCCGCCGACGUCACUGGCUGAAACGAAAGGCUUCGUAGGCGGUUAGGUAGCGUUUUUUUCUCUCCCUGACACCGCAUUACUUUGUUUACUUGUUUUUACAUGGGCGUAUACGUCGACACGUACGUGUGUGUGUGUGUGUGUAUAUAUAUAUAUAUACAUUUCCUUUUAAAACAAACAAAAAAUAAAAACAUACAUUACGGUCGUUCUGAAACGGUUAUAAACGCGUAUAUAUGUCUUACGGUUCAUUUCAGAGGGAUCAUGAUAUGAACGUGUUAAGUCGGGGGAGGGGUGCCGUCGUAGACUGAACUUCCCCAACAGGAAGUGAUGUCAUUCAUCUUUAGGGGGUUAAAAAUUUUUUUUUUUUUUAUGUACAUUUUUGAUCUCCAAGGUCCACGCGAUCGAGUAAGGUACUAGAUCCAAUUAUGUAACUUGUUAUGUUUAUAGGUACGCGCCGCUAACUGAUGGGACAAAGCGAUGCUCCUUUAAGAACGAAUCACCAUGACGACGACGACGACGAGCGCUCGUACCCUGAAAAACAUGAUUUUUCUCUCCUGUGUUUUUUUUUCUUUCCUCCACUGGAGAAAGUGCUGUCAGUCUCCUGAACCUCCCCAAAGAACCGAUUCAAGACAGUAAGCAUGGAGACAAAUCAUUCAGCGAUACGUUCUUCCUUCCUUCCUCCCCUCCCCCCCCCUCUCUUUUAUUUCCUCCAAGUGCUCGUUCUUUCAUUCUGCGCCGAGACAAUGCAUGAAAACCGUGGUGAAGGCCUUAGCGAACUCAAACGCAACCUGUACAUAGUGCCGUCAUGACGGAAUCGUCCCCCGCGUGUCCCGUUCGAGACGUACGACGCGUACAAGCGAACGUCUACUGCCACGCAAGCUUUUUGGAUCCCGGUAUACAUAUCUAACUUAUCUUAGAUGCUAGCGGACGAGGAAAGAAACGUGUCCUUUAUUUAGCUAUCGUUCGUGGUGUGUGUUCCCAGAUCCUGUUUCUAUUAUUAUUAUUAUUAUUAUUAUUUUUUGUUUUUGGAUACGCUGUGCAUUUCCGAGUAGAUUUUUUUACAGAGUGGAGAACACUGUAGAUUUUAGUCGUCACGGACACCAAAACUUUUGACGUGAAAUGUGAGAAAAAAAGAAGAAAAGAAAAGAAAAGAAAAAAAAAAAAGGAAUAUUAUAUCUAUGAGUAUACAAUAUAUAUAUAUAUAUAUAUAUAUAUACAUAUAUAUAUAUAUAAAUAAAGACGCUGAUAGUUUUCACUUUUUUUUUUUUUUUAAAUGUUCUGAACUGUAACGUAGCAUUAGAAAUACCUUCGUUCGUAGACCUUAAGUUGCGUGUCACGCGCAACUCUAAAGAAACCCUUGAUGCCGUUCGCCACGACGCUCCUGGCGACCUUUGAACCUUUUAGUCUGAGGCAUUAUGAACCUGAAAUACACCAGCUGAAAUCGAGGACAGUGCCUUUACUUUUUUCUAUCGCGUCAUCCCGAAUGACCACGCGUCACUAAAAUACGAACACAAGGUCGUAGGACCCCGCCAAUCAACAGAUCCAGCAGUGCCACUGACCGGACGUGUGUUUCAGGCUGAAGGAAACGCACGCAGAUCUUUAAAACAAAGAGACGGAUGAAUCAAUCAAUCACCCGGACGCACGGAUUUAAACCAAACAAAACCUGGCCAAGUCGGUCGCGAAGCAGAAACGUGUACCGUAUUAUACCCCCGUGGUGUUUUCUCGCAAAUUUCCGCCCAUUCUGAGUAGCGACGUUGUUGACGUUUAUAUAAACGAACUCCUCUGCGAAGUCCUCGCGAUCGAAGCGGUCGUAAAUCCGUCGACGCGAGUUCUCGCCGAUCUUUAAUCGUCAGACGAUCCCGCCCGUCGGAACUCUCCCCACGUCGGAAUUUCCGCAUUCGGAUGGAUUUCGGUUUCAUACCGCGACAUUUUCUAACAAAAAGAAGAAGAAAAAAAAAGAAAGAAAGGUAGGAAUGUUAACUCCGCCCCCUCGCUGCAAAAUGAAUCGCGUAGACGAUCUCACGAUUGAUUAUCUCACGCGAUCGCGAGACUGUCGGGAUUUUUUUUUUAUUAUUUUUUUUCUUCAUUUCUCUCUCUCUCUCGAAAAAAAAAUAAAUAAAAAAUUUGCCAGAACUUACGCGAGAAACGGCGAACGCUGGAUUUUGUAUUUUUCUACUGCGGGCACAUGGAACGAAGGUGUGAGAAAGCGUACAAAGUCUAACCGUAUCCUUCGUAACUUGUCAUUCGUACCGUUUACUUUGUGGAAAUUGUAACGAAAUAGCAAUCAGAAGACCAUGAUGUGUAUGUAUAUAUAUAUAUGUAUAUAUAUAUACACGUUUCAUGGGGAAGAUGCACUCGAUGUAAAUCUACUCGCGUACGGAAACACGUACUGACAAAUUACGUAAAAUUGCUCCAUUGCCUUAAAGACACUGUUCUUGCGUAAUAACCGCCCGCUCUUUUUUUAUCUGACUGUAAACACAUCGCCUUGCCAUCGACUUGACCCCACUGGUUAAACCGAGAGAUUCUCCCAAGGCUCCCAUUGGCUCAGAGGACGAUGAUUGACAGUUCUGGCACUGAACAGUAACACAUAGUGGGCUUUUACUGGUAUGGUUCCUGCCCUUCCCGUCAGCCCCUUCAAACUCGUACUGUACACACAUGUAGUCCUUUUGUCCUCUGGCGGGUCGCGAACAUGCCACCCCUCCCCACGGGGACAUGUUAAACCUGCUGCGCCAUCAAAACCUGACAUCCACGUUCUCUCUUUUCUCCACCUCUCUUUUUCUCGAGCACUAAUCUCAUCACUUCCUAACCCGCUUCUUUAGGAUUAAACCUAUUACAACUAUUGGAUUGGUGGAAAAUCUUUCCCAUUAUUACCGAAGAGAGAAAAGGAUUUUAGAACAAGAUAAUAAUUUCUUUCAGAGUGUCGAUGGAAAAGGGAAAAAUCUCCUUCCUGGUUUUAAAUUUAAAGCUACACUUUUGAGCGCAGCGAUACUUAUAAAUUAACAUCUUCGCUUCUGCAAAAGAUUUAUUUCCGGAUUAUAUACAUCGCCGUUUUUUCCGUUUCUUUUCCCCACGGUACUCAACUCGUACUCGACGAGAGCGAUGCGGCGGCGCUUUAGUACUUUAGCCUGUUCUGUACGCACUGCUCAAUCGGAUCAGCUCUCAAAGCUUCGACCGCCACGCUAGAGUCACCGACGACGAAGAUCGCCGGCUAGCCGAGCAGCGCAACUGCGUCGUAGUGCUGCAUUGCAUCCUGGGACGUCGAGUCCAACGUUCGCACCACGACUUCUACGCCGGAUUUUUUUAUUUUUUUUAUUUAUUUUUUUUUAUUAACACGCCGUGGAACGUUGCUGGAAACUGGUGUGUAAGAAAAGAAGUUUUUGCUCGUUUGUUUUUAAGCGCUAACAGCGAAAUAUCCGAUCGGACGCCGUUACGAUAACAGUGUGAUGUCAGAGCGGCGUACGAACGCCGACUUCCCACCACAAAAGAUUUCAAUAUUGACAUACGUGACGUCUUUCAGGGUGGAGUUUAACCGUUUAAACCGUUCACCAUCUAUAAACUAGCAGUUAUAUCGCUGGACAUCAACACCUCCUCAGCGCUAGAUCCUAAAUAUAGUUGGUGUUUAUGAGUCCCAUGUUGGACUAAGACUAAUCGUGGUUGUUUAGAUCGGUUUCGUCUCGAUAGGUUUGGUUUGCUUACUCAGUUAGAUUAACACCUCUUGAACUUGGCUAAUCAAAACAGGGUAGCGUGGAACCGAUUUCCUGUUGGUUAGUGCGUGAAAAUAACCCCAAAUACACGACGUUCACCAAGAGUCUAACGGUAUCCCAUGAUUCAGUGCAGCCAUCCAAAAAAAAUAACAAAAAAAAAAAAAAAAAAAAAAAGAGGGCUUGGGUUUUUCAAAUAAAUAAACAAAAACAGCCUUUUUAAAAAUCUUAACUAAAUAACUUUUACCUAGUAUACCAAUUUCACACCGCCGCUAGUCAACGUCUAGACGAAACAAGCAGACUAAAAUCGACCUUAUCGUGGCCUUCUGUGUACAAUCCGAUAAUUCCGUCUGUAAUUAUUCCCUAAAUAGACCUUCCCCCUUUCCUGUGGGGUUGAUACGAUUUUUUAACCGAUUUUUUUUUUUUUUUUAAAUAAAUAAAUUGAAUUUAAAAAAAAAAAAAAAAAAAAAAAAAAAAAAAAAAAAAAAAAAAAAAGAUUCAAUGUUAGGAAACGUGGUGAUGGUCUGAAAAUGCUCCGAAACAUGGCUCAAAACAAGAAGAAGAAGAAGAAGAAAAAAAAACACCACGCACUCAGUGUAGAAACAUAUCUGUAGCGUCCACCAAAGCUAGAGAUACCCAUUCAAAAAAAAACAACAAAAAAAUAAAGAAAAGAAAAGAAAAAACGACAUACCAUCAGAAUCCGGAGGAAUUUGAAACUACGAAUCGCUUCUUUAAGAAAUGUGUAUGUUUUUUAUUGAAUUUUCUAGUAGUUACGAACAAUGUUUUUUUCUCUUCUGUUCCUCUGCGUGCUGUGUGUCGUCUUGAUAUUUGAAUGUAUUUACUGCGGUACAAAAUUUGCCAAAGAUACCAUACCACUUGUUUCCAGUUUUCAGCAUUUUUGAUUUUGAUUUCUUUAUGUUUUAUACCGUAUACGUUUUCAAGUCAGCCCACGGACUGGAAAUAAUUGUUACAGAUAAUACGUUUUGGUGUUUGUUUUUUUUUCUUCUUUUUUUUUUUUUUAAAAAAAUAAAAAAUAAAAUAAUAAUAAUCAUUUUGGUAUUGCUAAUGUUAUGAUUGGAAUUAUUCAAUGCUUCAGGGUUAUUUUAUGUUUGAAGUGUCAAUUUGAAUUAUCUGGCAUUCGUCCUGACCCCUGAAAUCAGUCCAGGGUAAAUAGGCUACUAAGUGUACGUGCAGACGAGUGAGUGUUGUUUGUGCAUUAUUGAUUUAUGUACCUGUAAUGUGAAAUGAAGAAGUAAUUAUUUGUAAAUAUUUGACAUAAUUUUAUUGGUUCAUCAAAAUAAAGGUAAUUUUUUUAAGUUCACAA